GGGAGCGGCCGUUAAAGAGCGGAGCGGAGCCCCAAGCAGCCGCCCCCACACCCCGCCCCACUUCCAUCCUCACAAACCACCCCCCUCCCCACCCCGAACUGUGACCGAGCGGCCAUGGCCUUGCGGAAGGGGCCACUGCGGUCGGCGCAGCUGACCAUCGACAGCCUGCAGAACCAGGUUGAUGUCUUGUUAAAGGAAGUUAAACAGCAUGAUAAAAGAGAGGAAGUUUAUGAGAGAUGUAUCCAGCUAAAGAAAUUAGCGGAUGAAAACCUGGUGACUCUACGCAAGUUGAAGAAAACAAAUGAACUUAGUCUUGUAAGUAAUUAUGAUCAACGGAAGCGAACUGAAGAGAGGCGACUGACAGCCAUGUCAGAACUACUUUGGGAGCUUGCUCGGAGACUAGAUAAAGAAUGUACCAAACAGAAAAUGGAUGAUACUGACAACAAGCCCAAGAGCCAGACUACAGUAGCAAAACAGGGAAACAUGGGAGGUGUUAACGAUGGUGAUGAUGACGAUGAAGAUGAAGAGAAUGAGGAAGAUGAUGAGGAUGAAGAGGAGGAAUGUGAUGAACAAGACACUGUUAAACUCUUCAUUACAAUCAGUGACUUUGUAGCUCAGGAGGAAAGUGAUCUGGCAUUUAAGAGCGGUGAAGUUUUAAGAAUCCUCAAUCAAAGGCCUGAUGGCUGGUGGCUCGGUGAAAAUGCUCAGGGGAAAAAAGGUUUGGUCCCUAAAACCUAUUUACAGGUGCACAAACAGUAUAGUAAGGGAUCAAAACAUGUUGCAGAUCAGGUUAAAUUUGAGGGGGAUGAUGAAGAUGAAGAUGACGAAGAUGAAGAUGAAGAUGAUGAUGAAGAUGAAGGAGAUGAUGAUGAUGAUGAUGAUGAUGAGGAAGAGGAAGAUGAGCCACAAAACGUUAAAGAAGUACCUGAAGCACGCAGUGAAAAGUCACAAUUACACAGGAUCGCUGUCAAAAAAGUUGUUUCAGAGAUUAGUGCCACAGAAAUACUAAAGGCAAUGGGGAGCAUUCCAGAAGGAUUCAGAGCAUCAACACUUGCACAGCUGUUAGCUGACGGAAAUGAAUUCCACAUGAGUUAUUAUUUGCAGCCUAAGUUAACUCAGUCCAAGUUAUCCUUUAAGGACCUUCACUGGGACAAAACACAUAGUGGCGUCCGGCCGAGGAAGACACAUAUAUCAUACAUGUUUACGUUGUGGAGCUGUAGAAUGGUUCCUUUGCCUGGGCCUGCUGUCCAGGCGCUAAGCAGGCAGAUUCGUUUCUGCCUUUUUGAUGGACAAAGGGUUCUCAGCAAUAUACAUACGAUCAGAGCAACCUGGCAACUGAAGAAUCCCAAAACAUGGAAUUUUUCUCCAAGAGUUACUGGCAUACUUCCUAGCCUGCUGGAUGGUGAUUGUUUUGUUAGGUCAAAUUCCCAUUCUUCACAUAUUGGCAUUCUGUUUGAACUGGCUGUUACCUACAUUCGUACUUCUACCGGACAUCAAGGAGAGUUAAGCUGUGGUUGGGCUUUUCUAAAGCUGUUCACUGCUAAUGGAGAUGCUGUUCCUCACAGGACCUAUGAAAUAGUAUUAAAUGGUGGAACACCUUAUGAGAAAGGAUUAGAAGUUGAUCCAACAGUUUCUAAGAGAGCAAAUCUUUUUGAACAGCUGAUGGCACCCAGGAAACAACCAAAACUGCUAGUAAAGCUGAAAUCACCUACUAGACAGAUGAGAAAUAUUCUGAACUUGCUUCCAGAAACUCUGGUCGGCCCAAAUUGCUACAUCUGCCUGCUGGCAUUUUAUCGACAGUUACUUGCAGAUGCGCUUCUUAAAGACCGAGUUAAUAUGCAAACAGCUGAUCUCAUCUCUGACCCAGUGCUGGCAACAUUUCCAGAACUGCUGGAACAAACUGAUAUCUUAGAUGCUCUUAGGAGUGCGUGGUGUGAAAAGGAAAUAACUCUAAGCCGGUCUGAGAAGAGGGAUGCAGCAUUUUUGAAGAAUUUAUUUAUCAAAGUGUACCAUGACAGUGCAUAUCCUCUUCUUUGUUCCACAACUCUACCAGCAAACAAUUGGGCCGAUGAUGACGUUGAAAUUAGCCGCUGGAAGGCUAUUGCUAACUUUUUACAAGAAAGUCAAAAGAAAAAUGGCUCCCUUUACAGCCUGCUUUCUCCGGAACAUGCUUACCAACCUUUUGAUAUUUCAGAGAUAAGCUAUGAUUUCCUGGGAAUGGGUAGAAAUAGAGCUGCUGUAGACUGACUCGCAAAUUCACAAUUAAAGGAGAAGUCUCACAAAAUGUUUUGAUGAACACUUUUGCAUAUUUGUUUGGGAAGGAGAAGAGGCAAAGGUAAUUCUGUCAGUUUUAUUUUCAAAAGAUCAUGUGCAAAUGGCAGGAUGCUAUUAUUUCAGCAUGAUUUAUCUCAUCAUAGAAUCAUCAAAAUGACAGCACAGAUGAAGGCUAUUUGGCCUCUCACAUCUGUGCUGAUGGUAGUUUGUCAACUGGAACUAUGCACAAAUCUUAGUUAACCCAAAGAACAGCUGCAUUUAUAUCUAAUUCUCCAUGAUGGGAUUUGGACACAUGACCUCAGGGUUUCUACUUUAGUGUCACAGCUAUGGCACCUGUGCACAAAUUUGUACCUGCAUGCAGUUACCCAGCUGUGGCCUAAUCAGUGUGUUGUACUAAUCAAACAGAACAUUCGCUUGGUUUUCUUUACAGUGACCCCAAGUUAUUAUUCUUGUGAAAAAAAAAGUCAGAAAAGCUAUGUUGAGUACACUUUAUAUUGACCUGGUCCAAUGGUAUUCAGUGCUUGAAUACACCAAAUUCUGUUCUUCUGCAUGGGAAUCCAAGACUUCUGCCAGAGUUUGGGGGGGUCUUAUUUUACAUUAUUCUAUGAAAAUAUUGAUUGUGACCCUUUGAAAAGCUUCUUCCAGUUAAAUUACACUAGCUAUUAUAAUAUAUUAAAUUCUAUUUUUUACAAUCUCACAAGGAUUUUGUGUGUGUGUGUCUAUUGGUACAUUUUAUUAAAUGUAAUUUUUCAGCGAAAGAAGAUUACUUGUACAGCUAUUAGGUUUGUUGCAUGCCAGUGAACUUCAUGAUGCUGGUAACAUAUUAACACAUGUACCUGGUUAAUUAUUUCCAUUAUCUUUUAUAGGCUAAUAAAAAGACCAUUCCCUUAAAAAUGAUAAAUUCUUUUCAGUUAAAUGGGACUAACUCAGAUCAGACACUUAGCAGGCAUUUAUCUGAUUAAUCCAGAUUACUAGCAAAUUGAAGCUGGGAAAAGUUUCAGGAUCAGAUUUUCUCAAAGUCUGAAGUUUAAUCAAGUAAUAUGCAACUGAUUAUUAGAAAGAGUGAUAAUUUCUAGAUCAAAUGACAACUUUCAAAAAAACGGAUCAAUACAUGUCAGGAAAUGGGUGAAGUAUUAUAUAAAUCUCUGAUUCCCAUGGAAGCUAGGAAAAUAAUAUAGAAGUCUUGGCAGGUGGAUGGGUGGUGGUGUCAAGUGGCGGGGGUAGGUUAGGAUGCUUGACUAGGGUGCAUAGAGUGGUGGAAAGUGGGGAUUCAGUGGAACAAAUGAUUGUUCCUUAUUUCAAACGUUUUUCUUAUCUUAAGGUGUAAUACUUGUACAGUUGCUGAUUCGUGACUUUUUACCAUGCACUUGAAACACUGCUUUGUGUACUGAGAACAAUGAUGGCUGAUCUUAAAAAGUGUUUCAAAAUAAAAACAAUCUUAAAUCCA